CCCGGCGGCCGCCAGACGUGCCGGCAGUCACAGGGUACCGCACGUCGCUCCCGUCCACCCACUCGCCCGCAUUUAACCCGGGCCCGUCGCCGCCCGCCGCUCCUCAGCCCUUCAGCCGCCGAGGCAUGAGCUGCCCGCCUUGAGACGUCUCCCCGGGCUCCCCUCGGCACCCACCCACCCACCCACCGCACCGCUAUGGAGCGGAUUCCCAGCGCGCAGCCCCCUCCUCCUCCUCCUCCCGCAGCUGCCGCCCCCGUCUGCCUGGGCAAGCUGCCCACCCUGGAGAGCGGAGACCUGCCGGGGCUGGACUUCGCGCACAUGUACCAAGUUUACAAGCCCAGGAGGGGGUUAAAGAGGAGCGAGGACAAUAAGGAGACCUACAAGUUGCCUCACAGGCUGAUCGAGAAGAAGAGACGCGACAGGAUCAACGAGUGCAUCGCCCAGCUGAAGGACCUGCUGCCCGAGCACCUCAAGCUGACGACUCUGGGUCACUUGGAGAAGGCUGUGGUGCUGGAGCUCACCUUGAAGCAUGUCAAGGCACUAACCAAUCUGAUCGAGCAGCAGCAGCAGAAAAUCAUUGCUUUGCAGAAUGGUUUGCAAGCCGGUGACCUGUCAUCAAGAAACCUUGAUUCCAGCCAGGAAAUGUUUCGAUCCGGUUUCCAGAUGUGUGCCAAGGAAAUGCUGCAAUACCUGGCAAAGCACGAGAACACCAAGGACCUGAAGUCGUCCCAGCUGGUCAGCCAUCUGCACCGCAUGGCCUCCGAGGUGAUCCAGGGUGGAGCCGCCCGCAAGCCUGGAGACAUCCCUCCCAAAAUGGUGGACUUGAAAGAGAAACCUGUCUCCUUGGGCAAGGUGGCAGAGGGACACGGGAAGAACUGCGUGCCCGUGAUCCAGAGGACAUUUGCUCACUCCAGCGGGGAGCAGAGCGGCAGCGACACGGACACGGACAGCGGGUACGGGGGGGAGCUGGAGAAAAGUGACUCCAAAUCUGAACAGCAGUAUUUCAAAAAGGAUACUGAACUCAAGUAUGCUGUCCAGGAGAGAAUAAGCUCGAUUAAGCAAGAGACUGAGGACCCGCCAGCCAAAAGGAGCAGGCUGGAGUCGCCGGAGGAUGAGGGCCCCUUUGUCAGCGACAUGAUGGGCUCUUCCAGUGGCUUCCUGGCCCCCCAUGCUCACCAGCCCCCCCUGUGCCUGCCUUUCUACUUGAUCCCACCGUCUGCCACAGCCUAUCUGCCCAUGCUGGAGAAGUGCUGGUACCCAGCCUCAGUACCUGUCCUGUACCCCAGCCUCCCGGCCUCUGCUGCAGCACUUACGGGGUUCAUGAACCCCGAUAAAAUCUCCCCACCUCUGCUGAUGCCCCAGAGACUCCCUUCUCCUGUACCAGCCCAUUCCCCCAUCGACUCCUCGGCUCUGCUUCAAGCUUUGAAGCAGAUUCCUCCUUUGAACUUGGAAACCAAAGACUAGGAGCAGUGUGACUUUAUUUUUUUUUUCCUUUUUUCUUUUUUUUUUUUUUUCUAGUUUGAGACUGUUUCACUUUUAUAUAUUGGCUGGACUGAGGUGUGGGGUAAGGUUCACUGCGUGUAGGAAGCUAAAUCCCCUUUUCUCUGACUUGUCAGGUAGCUUGGAGAAGGAUGAAGGAUGCACCCAGGUUAGCGAGUCACAAACUGCUUCCACAAGAAAACAAAACAAACAAAAAAAAAAGGGUUUUGUGCUUCACCCCUUACCUUUUCCCCCUCUCUGCAUCUACAGAGCAACAGCUGACUCGGUCAGCUGCCCCUAUAUUGCAAAGCUGUGAAAA